AUGCUUUUCCCCUCUCUUGCUCUCGCGGCCUUCUCGUUAGGCGUGACGGCCAAAAGUCACGCUGACUCGCCUGCUCACUAUGACUUUGUCAUCGUCGGUGGAGGCACCAGUGGUUUGGUUGUCGCCAAUAGGCUCUCAGAACUGAGCGAUGUCACCGUGGCUGUCAUCGAGGCUGGAGAAUCAGCAUUGAACAACUUCAAUGUGUCUAAUGUCAUGGGCUACAGCACGGCAUUCGGGACGGAGGUCGACUGGGCCUACCAAACCGAGAACCAGACAUAUGCAGGUGGUCUGCAGCAGACCAUCCGUGCUGGAAAGGCACUUGGUGGCACGAGCACAAUCAAUGGAAUGUCCUAUACUCGUGCCGAAGACGUGCAAAUUGACAAUUGGGAAGUUCUCGGCAACGACGGCUGGAAUUGGAAGAAUCUAUUCCAAUAUUAUAAAAAGUCGGAAGGCUUCCAGGUGCCCACCAAGGACCAAAUCGCCCACGGUGCCAGCUAUAACGCCAGCUAUCAUGGUCUGAACGGCCCUCUGAAGGUCGGCUGGCCUAACUCCAUGACCAACAGCAGCGUCUUUCCCGUCCUUGAACAAACCUUUGAGAAAUUGGGCGUCCAGUACAACCCCGACUCGGAAGGCGGCAAGAUGGUUGGAUUUACGGUUCACCCCGACACUCUGGACCGGGAGAUGAAUGUUCGCGAAGAUGCUGCCAGGGCUUACUACUGGCCGUAUGAAGCUCGCUCGAACCUCAAGAUUAUUUCCAAUACUCGUGCGAACAAGGUCAUCUGGGCCAACACCACCCAGGGAGAGGCUGUUGCCGUCGGCAUCGAGGUUACUAAUGCCUAUGGCACGGAAACCAUUUACGCUGACAAGGAGGUCAUUUUGUCGGCUGGCGCCCUUCGAUCCCCUGCCAUUCUCGAGCUGUCCGGUAUCGGAAACCCCGAUGUCCUCAACAAGCACAAUAUUCCCGUCAAGGUUAACAUCACCACCGUCGGUGAGAACCUACAGGAUCAGACCAACAACGCCCUUUCCUGGGAAGGUGUCGACACCCUCACCGGCUUAGCAACCUUCUCCGUCCUGCCAUCUGUGAAUCAGCUCUACGGCGAUAAUGUCACUGCCUUGGCUUCCUACGUCAAGUCCCAGCUUGCUAGUUAUGCUAAGACUGUCGCUAGCGCCUCGAAUGGCGCUGUCAAGGAAGCCAAUCUCGUGGAGGCUUUUGAGCGCCAGUACGAUCUGAUUUUCAACUCCCAGGUCCCCUAUACGGAGGUGGUCUUCGCCCCCAGCGGGAACUCGUUCGCCGUUGAAUACUGGCCUCUCCUCCCCUUCUCCCGCGGCAGCGUCCACAUUCAAUCGGCGAACGCCUCCGACUAUCCUGCCAUCAACCCCAACUACUUCAUGUUCGACCAAGACGCUGAGGCUCAGGUCACAGUGGCACAAUAUAUUCGAAAGGCAUUGGGCACGGCGCCCCUAAACAGCCUUGUCGGCGAGGAAGUUUCUCCCGGCCUCGACGUGCUUCCUGCUAGUGCAUCCAGCGCCACUUGGACCAAGUGGGUUAAGGAAAACUACCGAACCAACUACCACCCCGUUGGCACCACCAGCAUGCUUCCCCGCGAGAAGGGUGGUGUUGUCAGCCCCGAACUCAAGGUCUAUGGUACCAAGAAUGUUCGUGUGGUUGAUGCUUCAGUCCUGCCAUUCCAGCUUUGCGGUCACUUGACCAGCACGCUGUAUGCUGUAGCUGAGAGGGCUUCCGAUCUGAUCAAGGAAAGCUACUAG